AAAUCAAGCUACCACUGAGGUCACUGUCAUGAACGAAGCGGAAAUGGCUUACUGCAAGUUGACUCCAUGAGCAAAUUUUCAUGAACCACUUUUUCAACUGACGGUGAUGACAGCCAGAUUACUUGGCGCUGUCCUAAUCUUCUUGAGCGUGCUAAGUUUCAUCUUGUACUCUCUGUGGGUUGUGAUCAUCCCUGUGACAGGCUGGGAUUUUUUGACUCCGUUUUUUCCUCCUGUUCGCUAUGCCAUGUUAAUUCCAGCAGUAGUCGGGACGAUUUUUAUCUCUUCCCUCGUAAUAAUCACUACAUAUUCAAUGAAGACUGUUUGAGCAGAACGUUUGCUCCAAUACUUUGAUGGCAUAGUGGAAGUGGAUCCAGCAUUUCUCAGUUCAGAGUUGAAGGAACCAAGCCAGUGCGACUGCUCUUGGAAGUUGUUUUGAGGGAGGAUUUUAGAAGAGAGAGGUCCCCUGGUGAUUUGGAAGUUCAAGAUCUGUCGCUAAGCCAAAAAUGCGCGAAGAUUGGAUCGUUGUCGCCCUUGCAGGUGUAACCAAUUCAGGGAAAACUACCGUCACCAAAAAGCUUCAUUCCAUCAUCCCAAACUCGGAGUGCAUUUUUCAAGAUCUCUAUUUUCGAGAUCCCAAUGAUCCGAAUCACAAAUACGUGGAAGAUUUGAAACACAACAAUUGGGAACUCUUGACCGCUAUCAAUACGGACAAAAUGUGGACUGACAUCGAAGAGAUACUUAGAAGGCCCCGCAUUGAUCCGAGCAAGAAAAACGUCCUUCUCAUCGAUGGAUUCCUUGUUCUAAAUUUCCUGAAAACAGUGGAAUUGUGUGAUCUUAAAUACUACUUGCGACUGUCCAAAGAAGUUACCUGGGAGCGCCGGCAGACGCGAUCCUACGACCCUCCGGAUGUCCCUGGGUAUUUUGAGCAAAUUGUAUGGCCAGAACACUUGAAAAGUUUUCAGCAAAUGCUAGAGAUGAACAAGUGUGUAGUAUUGAUUCAUGGAACUUGCCCCGUUCAGUUUACGACAGAGCGAAUUUUGCAAGACAUCGAAUGCAGAUUAUAAUUGUAGGUUGAUUAUUUUGUUUGACAAGGUGUGUUUUUUUUUUUGCAUUAGCAGCCCUUAAUACUUUCAUGUGCUCAUUGAGUUUACUCUUUAAGGCAAUGUCUUGGUUCUUGGCAAAGACUUAAUCGAGUAUCAUGCUAAUGGGUUUUAAUUCUGCAAUUAUUAGCAGAAUUUUUACGAUCUUCAUCCCUGUGUUAAGAUUAUUUAGUAUUGCUGGUCCUCGUAAACUGCAACCAAUUCUUUGGCCACUUUUUAAAUUUCACAAUGUAUGCUAUCGCAGUUUAUUCUACAGUGGACAGAAAUCAUAGAAGAAAAAACUGCCAGUGCUGGACAGACAAGUUGAUGGCCAUUUUUUGGGUCAUGUAAUGAUGGAAUUCCUUUGCUGCAUAGUGGCCAAUAGGAUUUGGACAAUUGACUUUCUUCGUAGGCUAAUUGAUUUUCAGACUAAAACAUGAAUAAUGAUGCAAAUUCUGUUGUGAACUAUUUUCCUAAAAAAAGGUAUUUAACUCACUCAAAAAGAAAAUGUAAACUGUUCAUCAUGGGCUUGUCUCAGUUCCUUAAGAACUCACAGCCUCUCAGUGUGCUUAAAUUUGAUUAAUCGAAUAGGAGGAAUUAUCAUAACUGUUAAAACCAGAGUAUCUCCAUCCUUAAAGAAGGUUAAACUCAUAAAAUCGCACUCAUUUAACUAUCUAAGGCCACAAGCAGCUAUGAUAUGAUGGAUGAAACAUUUUGCCAUAAAAAUCUCAGCACAGACCACUCUUGUUCUACUGCUUUCAACAGGUUACCCCAACUAACUUUUCAACCAAGAUUUUCACCUUGCCCUCCUUCGUAUUCAAUCAGGUCUCACUUAAAUACAGAGGACAAUUUUUUUUGUUAAGACAUGGUGUUUUGAAGGAGACUUUUAAGAUCUCAAGUAAGUGUGCAUUAGUUUCCUCACUGUUUCCUCCGUUUAACAAUCUUGCUGGGUUUUUUCUUUUAUGAAAACCCACUAAAAGGAUCAGAACAAUUUAAAAUGAAUGAAAAAUUGUUAUCACACUCACUUGUAUUCAAAUUUUUUUUUUUUUUUUUUUUUUUUUUUUUUUUUUUUGGAAUGCAUUUUGGAGCACAUUAGGCCCCAUCCUCAGCCAUCAGCGAAUUUCUUCGAAAUGCCUUUGUCAUCUCACAUUACUAACCUUACUGUGGCACCCUUUUUGUUGAGUUCUCUGAAACACAUUGUCGAGUUUAACAGCAUCUCGUUUUGCUGUACCAACUCCUUGUUUUUUUUAGGAAUUUUUGUGUUACCUUUUUAUUUUUUGAGAAAUAAUAACGAAUGAUGUCUCAGACUUGAAAAAGGUGCGUUUUAGCAACCUUGAAGCCUAAUGCUCCUCCGUUUGACAAGCCCUUGUACUAUAGUGCUUUUCGUUUUCUAGACAAUAUUGAAAAAUAUAUGAAAUGGAAAAUAGGAUAAAAGCGUUUCAGAUUUCCAUUGUAAUUGCCUCUAAUACAACAUGUAACAACUUUUCGACCAACAUGGUCCAUACAGCUGAUGGACUUGAUUUAAAAAUUUUAAAACUGCAUUUUGCAUAAUUUAGUUGGACGAUCUGAAGUUUCAAAGUGAAGAUCCUGUAUUAUUUUGCAGGUAUAGAUCGUAAUCUAUCUCCAGCAGCUCAAAAGACAAGUAGAAUCAUCCUCAUUUAAAAAAUUUAAAUUUUGAAGAGGGUUCUGGUAGAAGAGCUUAUAAAACGUAGGCACGUUCGUUUCCUAGAUCGGUCCAGAUAGCUACUGCUCAAAGAAACAAGCACACCGCAACUAUUAAGGGCUUUUCAUCCGGAACCUUCCUCAAUUGAUUGCUCUCAAUCUGGUUAUUGGGUUUUACAUUUGUCAUUUUCAUGUAAAAUUUGAUAGUUUAUAUAAAGUAAAAAUUACUGAAGUAACAUCAAGUCGGAUAAAUACAAUUAAUAGGAUGUCUCACACAGAGCCUGUAUUUAGAAAAAAUCUUCUGCAUAGAGAUUUCGUCGUAAAAAUUCCUACGACCCCCCCCCCCCCCCCCCUUCUCUUAUUUUCACCCUUAUCAAUUUGCUCACCGACGGAGCAUUGAUGUGUUUGUUAUUUUUUUGGAGCUUUUUGCAACAUAGCCUUUUAUUUUGUGAUUUGUUGCUUGAUUAUUAUUAAUACUUAAUAUGGCCUUAAUGCGGUACGAAGAUUUAGUAGCAAGCCUCUUUAUAUUUUUAUAAUGUUUCUAUUGAUCAGAAUUAUCAUGAAGUUUCAAAUGUUUUUACCACAAAUAUCAAGAAAGAAGUAAAAUUCAUUUCAUGCUUGGAUGCUUGGUACCUUCUCAAAUUUGGAGUU